CAAGCCUGACUACUCGGAGACAGCCGGCGUAUUCGGUCCAGAAAGAAAAGUCGUCGCCGGCUUCCGACGACUCGACACUGUCCAAACUCGAGAUAGCACUCGUCGGACUGAGCCGGCUGGGCCGAUGGCGGGGCCGGACGCGCUCUGGGAGGCCCUCUGGGCACUCCUGCCCCGCACGAAAGAGGAGCUGAAGCUGGAGCUGGGAGAGAAGGUGGAGGGCAGCGUGGUGAUGCUGCUGCAGGAAGCCGCCGAGCUCUUCUACGGGGACAAGAGGCAAGAGUGUCUGCAGACCUGCGAGGCGCUGCUCGACUACUCCUGGGAGAAGCUCAACACGGGGCCCUGGCAGCACGUGGACAAGGACUGGCGGCGGGUGUUCUCCUUCAGCUGCCUCCUGAAAGCCGUGUGUCUGUGCGCGCCGCCUGGGGACGCUGCCUCCGUGGCCGCCGCCCUGAAAGCCUGCGACAUGGGCCUGCUGAUGGGGGCGGCCAUCCUCGGGGACAUCCUCCUUAAAGUCACUGCCGUCCUCCAGAAGCACCUGCCCUCUGGAAAAAGGCCCGCCCCCGACCCGAGCCAGGAGCCGCUCGGCAUAAAGAAAGCAAGGAAUGACCACGUUCCGAUUCCAGAUGUGACGUCAGAAAGAACAGUGCCCCGGCUUCACUGUCCAUCCCUCCAGUAUUUCAGGGAGCAUUUUUUGGAUCCAGGGAGGCCUGUGAUCUUGGAAGGUGUGGCCGACCACUGGCCGUGCAUGAGGAAGUGGAGUCUGGAGUACAUCCAAGAAAUCGCUGGCUGCCGCACCGUCCCAGUGGAGGUCGGUUCCAGGUACACGGACGAGGAGUGGUCCCAGACGCUCAUGACUGUCGAUGAGUUCAUCAGCAAGUACGUCAGGAAUGAGCCGAAGGACAUCGGGUACCUUGCUCAGCACCAGCUCUUUGACCAGAUCCCGGAGCUGAAGCAGGACAUCAGCAUCCCCGAUUACUGCUGCCUGGGGUCCGGGGAGGAAGAGGAGAUCACCAUCAAUGCCUGGUUCGGUCCCCAAGGCACCAUCUCCCCACUUCACCAGGAUCCCCAGCAGAACUUCCUAGCCCAGGUGAUGGGCAGGAAAUACAUCCGGCUGUACUCCCCGCAGGAGUCAGAGGCCCUGUAUCCUCAUGACACGCACCUUCUUCACAACACGAGCCAGGUUGACGUGGAGAAUCCCGAUGUGGAGAAGUUCCCCAGGUUUGCCGAGGCCCCAUUCCUGUCCUGCAUCCUGUCUCCGGGAGAGAUCCUCUUCAUCCCGGUGAAGUACUGGCAUUACGUGCGGGCUCUGGACUUGAGCUUCUCGGUCAGCUUCUGGUGGUCGUAGCCCGAGAGGAGGGUGCCCGGCAAGCAGACGUGCUCGUGGUCACACAUCCUCCGCCCUGAGCCCGUCCGGGCCCACGACCCGCACAGAAGCUCCUGGGCUCUGAGGUUGGCUGCCUGGAUUCAAGCCUGGCCCUGUCGCUUAACUGCUGUGUGAUUUGGGGCAAGAAACUCCACUGUGUGUGUCUCCAUCUGGAGACUAGGACCACGCUAGUCCUUACCACAGAGGGCUCUAGGGAUGUGGUGUAGGCAGAGCUGCGCUACAGACCUCAGCUGCCGUCACCAGUCUUCAUGAUUAUCACUGUUGUAAAUACUGGCCUGUCAGGACAGCCAAGGCCCGCAGGCUCUGGAGCAGGGUGGCCAGGGCCUGGUCACGGGGGUGGGUUCUUACCGGCUUGCUCAGCUCAGGCCUCUGCUGGGCAGUGGGGAGCCUGGGGCAGUUUCUGUCUUGGUUACUGAAGUGUAACCUGCCUUCAGAGAAGCACACAGACCUGCUAGCUUGGCGAAUUUCCCACUCCACACCCUCCCAGCAACCAGGAACCACCUGGCAGGCCCCCUCCUGCCCCUUGCUGUUUCCAUCGGCCAGGGGUCACUCCUCUCUGAAAGAGGGUUUUAGGCCAGGAGAGAGACCCAGGCUUCAGACUUUUCAUAAACACGUUUGUUUUGUUUGUAUAAAACAUGGGUGGUUCUGUUUGAAUUUUGACCAGGUAAGGAUGCUGGGGGCAGGGGUGUCACAGACCUGCAGGAACAGCUGCCGAGGAGGCCCAGGGCCAUGCCUCUACCCACCAGUCUUCUCUCCCGCCGUGGCCACCUCAUGUCUGCUGGUCUGACCUUGGCUUCAGUCUCUUCCCUCUUGUAGGUAGGCUUCUCCCCGGGGGGAGAAGAUGGCCCCAGCAGGUCAACUCCAGAUCCCAGCACCUCGACCCACAGCUCAGAAACCUCAGGGAAGGUUCUGACCAUUGGGCCUGGGACCUUCGCCCAUUCUGGGGCAAUGCCGUGGGGCAGGGAGUGGCUGCUCUGAUUGGCGGGGCCUGGCUCACAGGCCCCCCACUGAGUUACUGUGAGAAGGGGGGUGGGAAGCACUGAUGGGCAGCUGAAACUAGUUACUAAUAUCCUCUGUAACCAGGCCAAGGAAUUUUUUUUUUUUUUUUUUUUUGUGGUAUGCGGGCCUCCCUCUGCUGUGGCCUCUCCCGUUGCGGAGCACAGGCUCUGGACGCGCAGGCUCAGCGGCCAUGGCUCACGGGCCCAGCCGCUCCGCGGCAUGCGGGAUCCUCCCAGACCGGGGCGCGAACCCGGUUCCCCUGCAUCGGCAGGCGGACGUGCAACCACCGUGCCACCAGGGAAGCCCCGGGCCAAGGAAUUUGAACCUUAUCAUGUAGGUCUUGGGGCUUCAGCGUUUUGAGCAGAGAGAUCACCAGAACAUGUUUGAUUCUUGGCAGGGAAGAGGAGGGGCUGAGGGUCAAAGCUGCAGGGAGGCUGUGGGUCUGAUGCCGUGGGUGAGCCUGGGCCAGGGCUGGGCGUGGAGGCCGGGCGAAUAUGAGAGCUGUUUAGAAAGGAAUCGAGGGCUCUGUGAGCAAUUGCUUGUGAGGUCGUUUAUUCCCCUACCCAGCAGUAUUGAUAGUUAUUUACCUCAUUUUUCAUAUGAAGAAUUUAUAGCAAAUAUCAACGCCGCUGAAGGCAGUCAGGCAUAAAAUAGGGAUGCCACCAUGCCCACAGGCUCGCCAUCAGUGAGGAGACGGGCUGCAGAUGAGCCAUAACUCCAGGGCUGCCUGCAUAACCCCCACUCCUUCCCCGGCUCCAGCUCCCACGGUGGCCCAGCCUUUAGGAUCCCAUCCAUCCCAGCUGGCAGGUCCCGCUUCUGCUGAGCCGCUGAUGAUGAAAAGCAGUUCACCUGUAAUGUCGUGGUUCUCAAGUUAGGGACUAGAGGAAGCGUUCAUUAAAACAUAUUGAGGCCUGGCCGCCUCGAGCAAGUGUCCCUUGUCAGAUGGCAAGAUGAAAUCUUCAUCUGCUCUCCCGGCAAGGCUCCCGUGUUGCUAAUAUCCCGGCUGGAGGGCUGGCUUCAGCUCUGAGGGGUGUGGACUGAAGGCGGCUUAGAAGAAAGGUGUCAACCAGCUGCUCGCAGGGCCAAGGGGAGCUACGGGCACCCACCCACCGGAGCUGCAGAGAGGCCUGCUCAACACCCGAGUCCUGUGCCAGGCAGGGUGCGGCAUCGAGCAGGAUGGGGGCCCUGCCCUCCUUGUGUUUCAUGCUCUUGGGGGGGGGUCCGGAGUCCGGAGAGGAGACGGACAAUAAAAUAAGUAGUGCGGGUAGUGCCAAGUGCCGUGAAGGCAAGAGAACAGGGUGACGGUGGAAUGUGGCAACGGGAGGGGUUGGCGACGUGACUUUCAUAGCUGACGUCUGAGUAGAAGCCUGAAGGACCUGGAAUCCAGAACUGACACUGAGACGUUAGGAAGGUGCUCCCAGCAGCAGGUGCAGCAGCCCCGAGGCAGGAAAGCCUUGGCCUUGGGAGAGAGGAAGGGGCCGGUGCAGCACCAGC